AUGACGACGACAAGGAACCCAGUGCACAGUGCACACCACUUUGUAUUCCCUUUGGCUGAUGGGAGAAGGAAAAAGGAAAUGGAAGAAGGGAGGUUGAGGUUAGAGGGAUGCCACGAACACUGGGGCGUGGUGCCGGUUCACAGGUCGGUUGGUCGGUAUGACGGGAGGCUCGCAGUCACGGUGGUGUGUUGGAAGCGGUCCUUGUGCGAUGACCAUCAAUAG